UAUGGGCCCUUUAAUAAUAAACCAUCCUGCUAGGAAUUCUGGGUGACUACGCCCCGUACUCUGUUAUUGUUUGUUGUUAUAUACAUUGCCUGAGACAUAAUUUUACAAUAGUUUCAAGAGAAAGUUUUAGCCUAAAACAUUUUUAUCAAUCCUGCAUUGUAGAGAGGUCCAUGAAGUUUUACCAUUGUUUUAACAUUAUCAAUGCUACAUAUAUGGUCACAGAAGACAUGUAGCUUUGCUGUUCUGGAAAGUAAAUAUAAUGGCUAUAUUUGCACUGUAGACAUUGCAACCUCUGGUACCUGUCACCACCACUGUAAAGAAACCUUUAGAGUUGGUACAUUUCUCUGCAGUGCACCAUUUCACAUUAAAAUUAUGAAUAUGUACAUCUCAACAAUUUAUUUAUGUCGAAAUGUUUUAAAAUCUGUGGAAUUAAAAGUAAGUUGGUGUAGCUUUGAAAUUGCAUUGUUGCAGUGUAGUAAAAGCAGGCCUAUUACUAGGCUGUGAUAGAGCUCCUGUGUGUCUAUUUCAGUGCAAAGAGCUUUGAAUUCCACUUGCCUACAUGAAAUGUUCACAAGACUGUAGCUCAUAAACAAGCCAACUAUUGAUGUCUGUAUGCAAUAACAAAGACCAAGUGUUUUAUUCAGGCAUCUAGCUGUCUCAGACAGCAUAUUUUAGCCCAUUUCACAUGGGAGAGCAUUAGAGCAUUAGAACAUACAACAUAGCAACAAUAAGAAAAAUAUAUAUUUUUUGGACAUUGAUCUUUCAUAGUAUAAUAGAAAGGAUGGGAGUCUUAAUUUUUGCAAAAUUGAAAAACUAUUCCAUACGGAAAUGGUAAAAUUUGGGAUCUGUAAAAGGUCAGAUGUGAGGAAGAAACAACUUUAGUGUGUCCUCUAAUGACUUUAAUUUUGAAACCUUGAACAAUGGCUUGGUUUGAUAUAGCAGCUAAAAAGUUUGGAUUUCCCACUAUUGAACUGUUUGUGAAGGCAGGAAGUGAUGGAGAAAGUAUUGGAAACUGUCCUUUCUCCCAGAGGCUUUUUAUGAUCCUUUGGCUAAAGGGAGUCAUUUUCAAUGUCACUACUGUGGAUCUCAAGAGGAAACCAGCUGACCUGCAGGACCUUGCCCCAGGCACCAACCCACCUUUUAUGACCUUUAAUGGUGAAGUACUGGUGGAUGUUAACAAGAUCGAGGAAUUUCUUGAGGAAAGGCUUGUGCCACCAAGGUACCCAAAGUUGGCUGCCAAGCACCCAGGGUCAAACACAGCAGGAAUAGAUGUAUUUGCCAAGUUUUCUGCAUAUAUCAAGAACCCUCGGAAAGAGGCAAAUGAUGGCUUGGAAAAGGCUCUAUUGAAAUCUCUGAAGAGAUUGGAUGAGUAUUUACAGUUUCCUUUGCCAGAGGAGAUUGAUGCCAACAGCACCGAUGACCCAGCACCAUCCACACGCAGCUUCCUAGAUGGACCAGACCUGACUCUGGCUGACUGUAACCUACUUCCAAAACUACACAUUAUCAAGAUUGUUGCGAAGAAGUAUAGAGGUUUCGAGAUUCCAGCUGAUAUGAAAGGGAUUUGGCGCUACCUGAACUCUGCCUACCAGAGAGAAGAGUUCAUCAACACCUGCCCUGCAGAACGAGAGAUUGAGUUUGCCUACUUGGACGUCGCCAAAAAGAUCAAAUAAAUUUGGCAUAAACAGAUGUACACUCUUAAAAAUACAGUUGCCAUAAAUGAUUCUUCAGAGCGAUGCCACAGAAAAAAAAACACUUUUGGUCCCCAGAAUUAGGGGUGUAACAACACAAAAUGUAUCAUAAUGUAUCAUAAUGUUUUGUUGUAUCAUAGGUAGUAAGUUAGCUUGUGGCUACUCUAUUAGCCGGGGGCUAACAUAUUCACUUGCAGCUAGAGCGUUAGAUUGGGCUCUUGUUUAGUGUUUCUGUACUUCUAAGAAACUCCACAGUGCCAUUCUAAAUCUCAAUUGUUGUUUUAUGCUCUAAUAGUUUGAAAAUGGAAAUAUUAAUAUAAGGCAGAGGUCACCAACCCUGGUCCUGGAGAUUUACCUUUCUGUGAACUGUAGUUUCAACCACAAUCAGCUACACCUGCUCCAGCUAAUUCAUUUCUUCAGAAGUCUGGGUCAGCUGAAUUAGUGUUUGGAAACGGAGGCAGCAUGUUAGAUGUUAGAGAGUAGAUCUCCAGGAAGAAUGUUGGUGACCAUUGAGACAGGGCUGUUUUAAAAAAUGAAUCAAGGCACUAUGUCAUAUCAAACCCCAUUUCUUGUGAAUUCUGUGAAUUGUUAUGCCCAUACAAAGAACUUUUCAACUGACGGUCCUUCAAACAACCACUUUGUAAAUGAGACCACAUAAUUCCACAUAAUGUAAAGAGUCUUCAACAAAUUUUCCCAGAGCUUUAUGUCCAAGAACCAUUUAGGAACCUUUAU